UUUCAUAGUUAAUCCUCAUGAUCCUCCUCUCAAAUCUAUUGAUCUCUCUCGCAUAAUAAAAUUUCGGAGAAAGAGGAAAACCCUAAUCCCCUCUUUCUCUCGGAUCAUCUAGAAAAAAAAAACUUAUAAAUAUUUUAUAAAUGAAAAUGAGGAAGCUUUGUCCGAAUUUGGACAGAGAAGACGGGUUAGAGACGGUGUUAGAGGUUCCGGUGCCGGAAGAAAUGUUUGCGAAGAUGGGAAGCAAUGCGGCUGGGCGGUGGAGGAAUAUGCACGCUCUCAUGAAAGCACACACGGUCGUGACCGCUGUUUCGGUUGAUAUGAGAACGCCGCCGUCGUCAUCGUCGAUGAGCAAUGUCAAUAUGCAUUUGCAGUCAAAAUCAGACAACGAGUUUGUGGCGUUGUUGAAGAUCGUGGGAAGUCCUCUUAUUCCUUUUCACGUCCCACUCGAGUUCUGUCUUUCCCGGCCCAUUAAUGACACUUCCAUCGAAGCGUCUACGGCUAAAUACAUAGUGCAGCAGUACGUGGCGGCGUGCGGAGGUCCAGCAGCUUUGAACGCAGUGAAGAGCAUGUACGCAGUUGGGCAGGUGAGAAUGCAAGGCUCCGAGAUGGUUGCCGGAGAGGACGAAGGAACGAGUGCGCCGGUGCGGCUAGGAAAAGGCAGUUUCGAGGUUGGAGGUUUUGUUUUAUGGCAGAAGAAUCCAAAUCUUUGGUUCUUAGAGCUAGUGGUUUCCGGUUUCAAGAUUAGCGCCGGUAGUGACGGCAAGGUGGCUUGGAACCAAUCCUCCACUCAACCUUCUCAAGCUCACCGUGGCCCUCCUCGCCCUCUCCGCCGCUUUUUUCAGGGACUAGACCCGAGAUGCACGGCUAGUCUGUUCUUAGACGCCGUAUGCAUCGGUGAACAAUCCGUUAACGGGGAAGACUGUUUCGUCCUAAAGCUAGAGACGCCGGCAGAUAUUCUAAAGGCUCAGUGCUCACCAAACACGGAGGUGAUCCACCACACGGUGUGGGGUUACUUCAGCCAACGGACGGGACUUCUCGUAAAGUUCGGUGACACAAAGCUCGUGAGGGUCAAAUCCGGCAGAGGCAAAAACGACGGCGUUUUCUGGGAGACAAGCAUGGAGUCAAUCAUCGACGAUUACAUAUUCGUUGACGCAGUCAACAUAGCUCACGGUGGUCGAACCGUGACAACGCUUUAUCGCUACGGGGGAGCUGUUAACCACCGGAGACGAAUAGAGGAGAAAUGGCGGAUCGAGGAGGUGGAUUUUAAUAUUUGUGGCUUGUGUUUGGAGAGCUUUUUGCCACCGUCGGAUAUCAACAAUGAUCAUUAGUCUCUCUUUUUAGAUGUUUUUAUUUAUUUUGUUAAGUAGGUUUCUUAAUGAUAUACUACACCUCAGAUUUGGGACAAAAGGAGUAAAUAUGUAACCUUGACGUGGGAGAUUCGAGAGGGUGUAAAUGUACUAUCUUCAUAGUAAAAAAAGAUAUAUUUCAA